GCGUGGCUUUGGUCAAUCAUAAAAGCACAGGGCUAAACUCUGCUCGUCCCCACUCACACCCGGAGUCGCAAGACAGACUGAGACAUCUCACAAACGAGGACUAGACCAACCCAGGCAAAAUGAAAGUCGGUAUCAAUGGAUUCGGGCGCAUCGGUCGUCUGGUGACCCGUGCUGCCUUCCACUCCAAGAAGGUGGAAAUUGUGGCCAUCAAUGACCCAUUCAUUGACCUGGAAUACAUGGCUUACAUGUUCAAGUAUGACUCCACCCACGGACGUUUCCACGGUGAGGUCCAUAUUGAGGGAGACAAGCUUGUCAUUGAUGGACACAAGGUCACCAUCUUCCAUGAGAGGGACCCCACCCACAUCAAAUGGGGUGAUGCUGGUGCCCAGUACGUUGUGGAGUCCACUGGUGUGUUCACCACCAUUGAGAAGGCCUCUGCUCACUUGAAGGGUGGUGCCAAGAGAGUCAUCAUCUCUGCACCCAGUGCCGAUGCUCCUAUGUUCGUCAUGGGUGUCAACCACGAGAAGUACGACAAAUCCCUCACAGUUGUCAGCAAUGCCUCCUGCACAACCAACUGUCUGGCUCCUUUGGCCAAGGUCAUCAACGACAACUUCCACAUCAUUGAGGGUCUGAUGAGCACAGUUCAUGCCAUCACUGCCACCCAGAAGACCGUGGACGGGCCCUCUGGUAAGCUGUGGAGGGAUGGCCGUGGUGCCAGCCAGAACAUCAUCCCCGCCUCCACUGGCGCCGCCAAGGCUGUCGGCAAAGUUAUCCCUGAGCUCAAUGGCAAGCUGACUGGUAUGGCUUUCCGUGUGCCCACCCCCAAUGUGUCAGUGGUUGAUCUGACCGUCCGUCUGGAGAAGCCAGCUAAAUAUGAUGACAUCAAGAAGGUUCUGAAGGCUGCAGCUGAGGGACCCAUGAAGGGCAUUCUGGGAUACACAGAGCACCAGGUCGUCUCCACAGACUUCAACGGUGAUACCCACUCCUCUAUCUUUGAUGCCGGCGCUGGCAUCGCUCUUAACGAUCACUUUGUCAAGCUGGUCUCAUGGUACGACAAUGAGUUCGGCUACAGCAACCGCGUCUGCGACCUCAUGGCCCACAUGGCAACCAAGGAAUAAAGCAACCAGCUGAUGGAGCAUCUCUGCGUUAGCCACAUUCUCCUUAAUCCAGAGUUAUAAAUGUAGAAAACUGCAUAUGAUCUCUGACUGCCUAGUUCCAUCAGAUAGUCGAUCAUCAUUCUACGCCUGAGGAAAUGUCCCACAGAACAAAUGAUUUAGUUUCCUGACCAACCAACCUUUUCUUUUUUUUUUCAUUUCUCAAAUUCUCUUUUCUGGUCUUGUCUUGAAUGGGGUAAAGGUGUGAAAGUCAUUUCCUGUCUGUGGUGCUGAAGUGCUACAGUCAGUGGUGGAAUAAAGUCCAUUGUUUGUGAGA